AUGCCCAUUGCCCACCAUGGCAGGCAGGCAGUUUGGUCAUCAACUUUCCUGAUCCACCUCAACAGCUGUCCGUCUAAACUUGCAGCCCCCUCAGUUGUGCAGCAACUCAUAGUGAGUAGGGAAAAGGGGACUUGAAUCUAGGACAGGAGCAGUCUGGCCCCUUUCCCUUCGAACCAGAGGCACAGAUUUGUAACAGGGGGAGAGAAGGCACUAGUCUAAGGCUGAGAGAGAAAACAAGAAGAGACUUUCUGGGAAGCUUGCUGCGGUCACUGAGGAAAGAAGUCCCUUGGACACACACCAGUGUGUCCACAUUGCUGCAGAACAUCCAAUUUUAUAUAUAUAUAUUUUUUAUUAUCAUCAUAUCAAGAGAAGAAUAUUCACUGAACAAGAAAUCUCACCUCCUGGAAACAUGCACAAGCGAACAAAGAUAAAGAUUGCCAUCUUCGUGCUGCUGGUGGGUAUGGCUUGCAUGUUCACAGCGGUGGUAACGGACCACUGGGCAGUGCUGAGCCCGCGGGUGGAGAAACUGAAUGAGACCUGCGAGGCGGCCCACUUUGGCCUGUGGCGGCUGUGCAAGAAGCACAUUUACAUUAGCUCAGAAAACUACGUGGAGGGGCAUGGCUGCGGACCCAUCAGCCUGCCUGGAGAUGAAAACUGCACUUACUUCAGGCACUUCACUCCAGGGCAGGAUGCUGAGAUAUUUGAAUAUAAAACACAAAAAGAGUACAACAUCUCUGCUGCAGCCAUCUCCAUCUUCAGUCUGGCCUUCAUAAUACUGGGGUCUCUGUGUUUGAUGGGAUCCUGUACUGGUAAAGGCAAAGGAAGAGACUACCUCCUCAAACCUGCUGGCAUGUUCUUUGCAUUUGCAGGUCUCUGUUCCUUCAUCUCGCUGGAGGUGAUGCGACAGUCAGUCAAACGAAUGAUUGAUAGCAAGGACACCAUUUGGAUCGAGCACUACUACUCCUGGUCUUUCGCCUGCGCCUGCACCGGCUUCGUCCUCCUCUUUCUCACUGGCAUCGCCCUGCUGAUUCUUUCCAUGCCCCAGAUGCCCAGGAAUCCGUGGGAGACUUGCAUGGACGCUGAGCCGGAGCAAGCGGAGUGAUAACAACACAGACAGAUGAAUGCAGGAUGAGAGUGACUGUGUCUUUUGUUUUGAUAACAGGUGUUAGAUCCAUUUCAAGAACAGGAGCUGGCCUUAAAAGGGUAAGGUCACGAUGACAGAGACUGGCUCUGGUGUGGGUGGACUAUAGCCAUGACGAGAAAUUCACCUCCCUACAAUUAUACAGCAACCUGAAUAUGGGCCUUUUGUUGGAGUUUUGAAUGUUUGCCUUAUCCUGUGUGUCCACCCAGUGUAAAACACAGAAGUCCUCUCCACCACCUCUGUAGGUUUGGUUCAUGUUGGAGACCAGAGCUCAGAUCUGACCUGUGGCUUUAAAAAAAACAUCCUACUUCUCAGCAAGAGCAGACCUGAGCCAAAUAUGCAAAUAUCUGAAAGCACUUUCAGUAUGCUUCCCUUUACCCCUCAUCCUUCACAACUCAUCCUUAAUCAUCUGCUUAUAUAGAAAAAAAAAUGCAGCUCACUGUUAUGUGUCGAUGGUCUUGUUUGGUUCCCCAUUUGUCAGUGACACAUACCUUAGUUAAAAAGACAUUAAGACAAUAACAUUUUAGAAUAUAGUUAAUACGGUUAUGGCCUGACAACAUGAUAACUUGAUUUUAUGUACUGCAGUGUGUAUGAUAUCUUGUACAUAUCUAAUGUUCAGCUGAUUUUUGUAUGGUCAAGGAAUCAUUCAUUUACAAUAAGUAGGACACGUCAAGAUCUGUAUGUCAAGUUGUAUAUUUCUAAGAUUUAUAAAGAACCUUUAAAGGUGAAGAAUGUCCCGUUAAAAUCAGAACUUUGCGGGUAAAGGAAUGAUUUUAGAGUAAAGCAGCAGCACAGAGCAGGUUUGUGUGCGUGUGUGUGUGUGUGUCAAGCUGAAUGCUAAACACCCACACAGUCACAGCGCAGCACUGAUCAUGCUGGAAAAGGUUCAGUUCUAGCAGGUGCACAUACAAGGCCUUUUACUUUUUGUUGACAGCUUCCAAACCAAGCUGAUACAAAAAAAACUCUGUUCAUUUCCCAAUGCGUCACUACCCAUUUGAUACAUGUGAAAAAAAUUGGUAUUUGCCCCCGUCCAUGUUCCUGCUUUUUAAAAGGUGUGAAACAAACAUAUAGAGAAUAUAAAAACCCACACGGUUCUUGCCUUAUGUGCGGGCGGUUACAGACUUGCAAGGGUAAAAAAAAAAAAAGAAAACAUGUUGCCUUGUUUAAAAUGGAUAAAUCACACUAACACAUAUAAAAAGUUAAUAUGACACGACUAUCUUCAGCAAUUAGCAACUCAAAACAAUGGUGCACAUCAAGUGAGAUAUUUCUAAAUUAUAACCGUCAUUGAAAGUUGACAUUUUGACUUGCAGUACAGACCUUUCCCAGUUGCAGCUUUGCAAACUCAAAGCUUUUUGGGAUGAGAUUCAACGACAAUGAGAAAAGUGAGCACGUGGACCAGUGCUGGAAGGCAAAGUUCAAACUACUUUGGUCCGGUUGGGUUUGAGGAGCAGUCCUCCACAUUAAACAAAGAAGGUAUGAGUAUAAUGGAACAGAGUCACUCAGGUGGCAAAGUAAGGAGCUAAGCAAACUAUAUGUAAUACUGAGAAAAAGAUAUAGUAUGCCUAAAUUACAAAUCGCAGAGAAAUUGCCCACUCCUUGUUUUUUCUGGACAGGUCCCUGCGUGAUCUUGCAGUUGUGUUGUACUGUAGCUGCGGUUAUUAGUCUGAUCCCAUCACACAACUGCUACUGUUCUUGCUAUGUAUAUAUCAGUGAGGUGUUAAUAUAUUUGACCUUUCUCUGCAGAACCUGGUGUGAUGUCAAAGCGGUUCACACUGCUCAGUUAUGCAGCUGUUCAAAAUCCAAAUUUCAUUUUUGUCUUUUUUUUUUUUUUUGACUGAGAAAAUGUAUUAAAACGUUGAAAUAAAAAAAAAAAAAAAAAAAUUUAAGCAGGAAUAGUGACAGUAGCGCAAACUGCUGACAGCGCUUUCUGUACUCUUACUCUUUCUUAUGUUUUUGACUUUUUCAUUGAAUAUGGCAUGCAACCAAACAAGUUGUGGGAUUCAGUAGAUUCUGUGUGGGUGUGUUUGUUAUAAGCUAUAACUUUGUAAUGGAAAUUAAAACCUGAUAAGCUUAAGAAA